AUGAACACCCUCUCUAUCCUCUCACCUCAACACCCUUCCACACUUUCCAUUCUCACCUCAUCUAUUUACAAAACCUCUAUAUUUUCCCAAACCCUCGCUAUUUCGCAAACCCUAGGGUUUUGUUCUCCCAGAUCAUUUCGCACACCAGCUUCACAACAUUCACCACAAUUCCGCGCCUCAUUCAAGUCCCCGAGUUCACUCUACCCCGUAGAGCCCCUACUCUCCGACGCCGACGAUGACGAUGAUGACGAUGACGACGUGGCUGCCGAUGAAUACGACGACAUAUCUGGCGACGCGUCGGAAGGAGUCGACCAGAGCGACGACGAAACCGAAAUUUCUAUUGCCGCAGCAGAAGAGGCGCCGAUUCAGCAGGAGGAGUUCAAGUGGCAGAGAGCGGAAAGGCUUUGCAACGAAGUCAGGGAGUUCGGAGAAGAUAUCAUCGACGCCGAUGAGCUCGCUUCGAUAUACGAUUUCCGCAUCGAUAAAUUCCAGCGUUUGGCUAUACAAGCAUUCUUGAGAGGCUCAUCUGUUGUGGUUUCGGCGCCGACGAGCAGCGGGAAGACUUUGAUUGCCGAAGCCGCAGCGGUAGCCACAGUAGCCAGGCAAAGGCGAAUCUUCUACACGACUCCACUCAAGGCAUUAUCCAAUCAAAAGUUUCGCGAAUUUCGUGAGACAUUUGGAGACAGCAAUGUUGGCCUUCUUACGGGAGAUUCUGCAGUUAAUAAAGAUGCUCAGGUUUUGAUUAUGACUACGGAGAUUUUGCGCAAUAUGUUAUAUCAGAGUGUUGGAAUGGUUUCUUCUGAUGGUGGACUUUUCCAUGUUGAUGUGAUUAUUUUGGAUGAAGUUCAUUAUCUAAGUGACAUAUCUCGCGGUACAGUGUGGGAAGAGAUAGUUAUUUAUUGCCCAAAAGAAGUUCAACUUAUAUGCCUGUCAGCAACCGUUGCAAAUCCUGACGAGCUUGCUGGUUGGAUUAGUCAGAUUCAUGGUAGAACUGAAUUGGUAACAUCAUCAAAGCGUCCAGUUCCAUUGACUUGGCAUUUCUCUAUGAAGACAUCUUUGUUACCUCUUCUUGAUGAAAAGGGAACGCGGAUGAAUAGGAAGCUGUCACUCAAUUAUCUACAACUUUAUGCUUCAGGAGUUAAAUCUUACAAGGAUGGUGGGUCUAGAAGAAGAAAUUCAAAAAAACAUGGAAGUGACAUGAAAUAUGACAAUAUUGAUAGCAUGUCUGAUGCUCCUCUUUCAAAGAAUGACAUAAACACUAUUCGACGUUCACAAGUUCCUCAAGUUAUUGAAACAUUAUGGCACCUUAAGGCAAGGGACAUGCUGCCAGCAAUUUGGUUUAUUUUUAGCAGGAAAGGAUGCGAUGCAGCUGUUCAGUACCUUGAUGAUAGCAAGCUCUUGAAUGAAAGUGAGAUGAGUGAGGUCAAUCUAGCAUUGAAGAGGUUCCGCAUUAGGUAUCCUGAUGCUGUCAGGGAGACUGCUUUAAAAGGACUGCUGCAAGGGGUUGCUGCACAUCAUGCAGGCUGUCUGCCAUUAUGGAAAUCGUUCAUAGAAGAUCUGUUUCAGCGAGGACUUGUCAAGGUUGUCUUCGCUACAGAAACGCUUGCUGCUGGAAUGAACAUGCCUGCUAGGACAGCUGUUAUUUCAUCCCUCAGCAAGAGGAGUGAUAGUGGGCGAAUCCAAUUAAGCUCAAACGAACUGCUUCAAAUGGCUGGGCGUGCUGGACGUAGAGGCAUUGAUGAAAGGGGUCAUGUUGUGCUUAUUCAGACUCCUUAUGAAGGUGCUGAAGAGUGCUGCAAGCUUCUAUUUGCUGGACUUGAACCUCUUGUUUCACAGUUUACUGCUUCGUAUGGUAUGGUACUGAAUCUUCUUGCAGGUGCAAAAGUUACCAGCAGAUCUAAUGAAUCAAUUGACAUGAAAGCCAUACAAGCAGGACGGACUUUGGAGGAAGCUAGGAAGUUAGUUGAGCGAAGUUUUGGAAACUACGUUGGCAGCAAUGUUAUGCUUGCUGCAAAAGAGGAGCUUACUAAAAUAGAGAAAGAGAUUGAGAUGCUGACUUUAGAAAUUAGCGAUGAUGCCAUAGAUAUAAAGAGCAGGAAGCUUUUAUCAGAGGUAGCAUACAAGGAGAUUGCAGAUCUACAGGAAGAAUUGAGGGCAGAAAAACGUCUUCGGACAGAACUGCGAAGAAGGAUGGAAUCCCAGAGAAUUUCUGCUCUAAAACCUCUUUUAAAGGAGUUUGAAAAUGGACAUUUACCCUUUUUGUGCCUGCAAUAUAAAGAUUCUGAAGGGGUUCAGCACUCUCUCCCUACUGUUUAUUUGGGAAAGGUUGACUCACUCAGUGGUUCAAAACUUCAGAACAUGAUUUCUGCUGAUGAUUCUUUUGCAUUGAAUGGAGUUGGGACACAGUCAAGUGAUAGUGACCCUGAAAUGAGCCCAGACGUUGAACCAUCGUAUUAUGUGGCCCUUGGUUCGGACAAUAUGUGGUAUCUAUUUGCAGAAAAGUGGGUUAAAACAAUAUAUAGGACAGGCUUUCCUAAUGUUGCUCUAGCUCAAGGGGAUGCUUUGCCUCGGGAAAUUAUGAGGAUGAUUCUUGAUAAGGAGGAAAUGAAGUGGGAGAAGCUUGCUGAUUCUGAACUUGGUUGUUUAUGGCGCAUGGAGGGAUCUCUAGAGACCUGGUCUUGGAGUUUAAAUGUGCCAGUUUUGAAUAGUCUUUCUGAAAGUGAUGAGCUGCUACAAAUGUCAGAACCAUACCAUGAAGCCGUAGAACGUUACAAGGAACAAAGAAAUAAAGUUUCACGUUUGAAGAAAAAGAUAACACGAACAGAAGGCUUUAAAGAGUAUAAAAAAAUCAUAGACAUGACCAGGUUUACCGAGGAAAAGAUUAAACGCCUUAAGGUUAGAUCAAAACGUUUGACCAAUCGAGUAGAACAGAUUGAACCAUCUGGUUGGAAGGAGUUUUUGAAGAUCAGCAAUGUCAUUCAUGAACUUAGGGCUUUGGAUAUCAAUACACAUGUAAUAUUUCCUCUAGGUGAAACUGCAUCUGCAAUCCGAGGAGAAAAUGAACUUUGGCUUGCAAUGGUUCUCCGAAAUAAAAUCCUGCUAGACCUAAAGCCUGCACAACUUGCUGCUGCCUGUGCAAGUUUAGUUUCUGAAGGGAUCAAAGUUCGUCCUUGGAAAAACAACAGCUAUAUAUACGAACCUUCCACAACUGUAAUCAAUGUCAUCAAGUUCUUGGAUGAGCAAAGAUCCUCCUUUUUGCAAAUGCAAGAAAAACAUGGGGUAAAUAUCCCCUGCUGUUUGGAUAGCCAAUUUGCAGGUAUGGUCGAAGCCUGGGCAUCUGGGCUAACUUGGAGGGAAAUGAUGAUGGACUGUGCAAUGGAUGAAGGGGAUCUAGCGCGUCUCUUACGACGGACUAUUGAUCUAUUAGCUCAGAUUCCUAAAUUGCCUGAUAUUGAUCCAUUGCUGCAAAGCAAUGCAAAGGCAGCAUCUAGUGUCAUGGACCGUCCACCAAUCAGUGAGCUGGCUGGAUAAUGUUCUAUUGCCACUAAAAAGUAUAUGUGAAAUUGGCACAAUCGUUUCCUACAGUUCCAGUAUUUAUUUAUUUAAUGUAUCGAAUUGAACUUGAACUUCAUUCAAAAAAGAUGUAGUGCCCUAGUUCGCCAUUGGAGGGAAGCCUUUGUAGCUAGGCAGAGUACUGCUCUGUACCCAUUAACUAUGACGUAAUAUGACUGUCAUUACUAACCCCUAAAUGAUAUUCAGAUUAUUACUAUGACUUC